CUCCUAUAAAUACACCUCAGUACCUUACCUUAGGUAGGUACCUUACCGCUAGCGGUAGAGUUGGCUGUCUGUAAAGCUUACACCUAUAAGCUAUUUGAUAAGUGCCUGUCAAACAACCUGUACCGACCCUAGGACAGAUCUACACGUACCUCUACCUAAUGUACCUAGGUACCUAGGUAGGUCACUGAUUAGGUAAUGAUAAGAUUAGAUAACAAAAGUAGUGCCGAGAGAGACGCCCCAGCGAUUUUCCACAUGGACAACCGUUCGGUUUUCGUGUUCGCAACCCAAUUUGGCAUCGAAUGAUGAUGCCCCAGCGCAACCUUUCCGAAAGUCAACAAAUGACAUGACUUUUCUGCCCAGUUGGACACUUAUUUCAGCUCUGCACCUUUGCCUCUCCUAAUUCCCCCUCUUUUUCCUACGGCGCUUCUUCCUCUUUUCUUUCCUGCACCUCUCUUCCUUCCUCAUCCUCUCGCCGUCCCCCAGCUCCGCAACCCCGAUCCUUCGACACACGAGACCCUCCGCCGCCGGGAAGAGAAGAGGACGUCGGUUACGAAGUAGAACCGGCUAGGAACACGAGAGGACAAAGCCGCGGCAGCAACGGCCGAGACACCCGCGGCAGGAUGGACGCCCUCAAGCAGCUCCUCGAGUACAUCCUCACGCCCUCGGGCGAGAUCUUCGUCGUCGGCGCGCUGAUCGUCCUCAUCGUGCCCAUCCUCGUGCACUUCUACGUGGUCCACACGACGCCGUACACCUCGCUGCCGUCGAUCCUGCUCGCGGGCCCGCCCGGCGGCGGCAAGACGGCGCUGCUCGCGCUGCUCGAGCGCGGCGGCGACCGCCCCCCCGCCACGCACACGUCGCAGGCGCCGCAGUCCGUCGAGCUCACCGUGUCCGCCGACCGCGGCGCCGCCACCUUCCGCGAGGCCGCGCGCGCCGACGCGCCCGGCGCCCACCGCAAGUUCCUGCUCGUCGACACCCCCGGCCACGGCAAGCUGCGCCGCCACGCCGCCGACCACCUCGCCGCCGCCGGCCCCGCCCUCCGCGGCGUCGUCUUCGUCGUCGACGCCGCCGCCCUCGACGACGGCGACGAGUCCCCCGACGGCUCCGCCCCCGGCGGCCUCGCCGACGCCGCCGCCUACCUCUACGACCUCCUCCUCGCCCUCCAGCGCCGCACCGCCGCCGGCCGCACCUCCAAGACCCCCGACGCCGUCCACGUCCUCGUCGCGGCCAACAAGCUCGACCUGUUCACCGCCCUGCCCGCCGCCCUCGUCCGCGCCCGCCUCGAGGCCGAGCUCGGCCACCUGCGCCAGACGCGCAGCCGCGGCCUGCUGGGCUCCGGCGUCGGCGCCGACGAGGUCGGGGCCGAGGAGCACGACGUCUGGCUGGGCCAGUACGGGUCCGAGAAGUUCGCCUUCGGCCAGAUGCGCGAGUUCGACGUCGAGGUCGACGUCGUCGGCGGCAGCGUCCUCGACGGCAAGGUCGAUAAGUGGUGGGACUGGAUCUCCGAGCGCAUCUGAGCUUGGCAGCGCGGUUCGGGAGAUCCCUUCUGCUCCCGACGGUCUGUGAUGGCGUUACGAGGGAAAAGCGAAGCAAUUCUGUCACGCAUGUUUAAUGAAACGUACUAGUAUUUUGUAAUCACUGGCCGCGCCAAUCCCUACCUCUACCAAAAAUAAUUACUUGAGACGGCCUUCACAGCCUGCAAGGAAUAGAAUCGGGAGACGACAUCGGAAAUCACCAAGAUAUAUUCUUGUGAUCUUUCAUGAUCAGAUUCCUGGGAGAGCGCUUGCGUCACUACGCGAAUGCCCAUGU